CACGAAUUCAACACGAACCUAGACAGUCAUCCAAAAUGCCUACCAGGUUGACCAAGACCCGCAAGCACCGCGGACACGUCUCCGCCGGUCAUGGACGUGUAGGAAAGCACCGAAAGCAUCCCGGUGGUCGAGGUAUGGCUGGAGGUCAGCAUCACCACCGAACGAACAUCGACAAAUACCAUCCCGGUUACUUCGGUAAAGUUGGUAUGCGCUACUUCCAUAAGCUCCAGAACCAGUUCUGGAAACCGACUAUCAACCUCGACAAGCUGUGGUCCCUAGUCCCCGCCGAGAAACGCGAUGAGUAUCUCAGCAAGAAGACCGACAAAGCGCCUGUUCUCGACCUCCUUUCCCUUGGCUAUGCAAAGGUACUCGGCAAGGGCAGACUUCCUCCCAACAUCCCCAUCGUCGUCCGCGCACGAUAUGUCUCUAAAGAGGCUGAAAAGAAGAUCGUGGAGAACGGUGGCGUCGUACAGUUAGUCGCAUAAACACCCGAGGACUGACGGAACGAGCAUUCGAGGUGUUUGGUCGGCAUACGGAAAAUUUGACUUCACUUCUGGGCUUUAGGGCGGUUGUGUGCUUGAUGGCGCACAAUUUGGCUCUUUCAGCGUGGUGGCUGGGGAAUGGUGUACAGUUCAUAGCCAAUUGAACAUCCAUUCCUGAACAAACCAUAUCCUUGCCCGGGUCUCUUCCCGUGGCCCAGACGCUCCUCUAAGGGCGCGUUGCGGCCUCAUUGCUGCUGGGAGGCCGGUGUUUGUGCUGUGACAUGGAUGAGUGAUAUUUGCGUGCUGUGAUGCCCAUUCAUUCUAAGCGGAUUGCAUGCUCCUACCACGGCUAGCGUUUAGGCACAUAGUUCCACCAUCGCGUACUACAGAU